AAGGAACCGGAGGAGUAUGUUGAGAUUCACGGGAUGCCUCUUGAGCCUGGAACACGUGUUCCCUACCAGCGUGGGGUUGCAGACCUACCUGGCCUUCCUGAGUGGGAGGGAAACGGCGGGGUUUUUACGCUCGUCCCGGCAGGGGAGAACUCUUUCGUGUACAAGGAAGGCUACAGAGUGCGCACCUACUCGAGCAUCCUUGGAUGCAUUGUAAGAAAGCACUGGCCUGGGUUUGUGACCAUGCCUAAUGGUUGCAAGGAGGUAGCAUGGACUUGGAGCCACUACGCGCACGCACCUGAUCCGGAGGCCACACACACGAGGAGGCUCAAGAACUGCCAGAGUAGGGUGAUCCGUGAAUUUUGGACCUACUUUACUAUGGACCCCGAUUCUAAGCGCGAUGAUUUCAUAAAAGUGGCCGGCAACAUAGCGCGGAAGAAAGUGACUGAUGCGCACUAUGAGGGGCGUGUUUUGUCCAUCCGCAAUUGGUAUGCUGAGAAACGCAAGCUCCGGAUGCGGAAGGAGCAAGCCCGAGAAAUCGUGAACUUCCAGCCGUGGCAGUACUUGCAGUGCCCUCCUCCGUAUGUAGGUCACGCUAGACCGGAAGUCUGGCACGCGAUGGAAGCACGAUGA